GAAAGUAACUGUCAUAAUGACAGUGUCACAGAACGCGAGUUUUGUUUACGUUACGAUUUCUAAUAAUUACUCAUAAAACCGCGAUAAUUCUGAACGCCUUGACAUACUAAUGUGUAAUUAAAUUACAGGCUUAGCUCCCGAUAAAACCGUAAACAAAUACAUAAAAUGGAGAACCUUAGAAAUAUUUGGAAACCGGAAUUGUAUCGAAUACAGAUGGAGGCGCCAAAGCCUAAGCGAUUGUUGUGUGAUAAUGUGGAAGAUAGGCCAGAGUUCUACGGCAGGGAAUACCACGGUAUCAUGAGUCAUAAAGAGGCGACUGUACUGCUUGAGAAUGAACCCAACGGCGCCUUUCUAAUAAGAAAAGGGAGUCAAUGUAACGACUUCUACACGUUAACAUUAAAAUUUGAUGACAAAAUACAUCACUAUAAGCUGUACUAUGACGGCUCUCACUGUAUUGGUCCAAAGCGUUAUGAAACAAUAUAUGAUCUGGUUGCAGACGGUCUGGUUACUUGUCAUAUGGAACUGAAGGCACAUCAUAUAUUUGAGAUGAUAAACUCUAGAGUAAGCUACCCAGAAAGUCCGUAUGUUACGUUAAACAAACGCAAACUAAAUACGCUGUCUAAGAUGCAACAAUGUUCAAACAACACUAGUCCAAUAAUAACAAAGACUGAGACCCUGGUAUUAACAGAGGUGGACUCCAUGAAGAAGCCCCCAUUCGACCUCACUCCGUCCAUCGAAGACAACCCGUUGGUCAUGAAGUACUCCAAGUCACAUAGCUUCAAAGUCCAUACAUUUAAAGGACUCAAUUGGUGUGAACUUUGUGCUAAUUUCUUAUGGGGAUUUACGGCGCAGGGCGUUAAAUGUGAAGAUUGCGGCUUCAUCGCUCAUUCAAAAUGUUCCGAACGCGUCCCGAACCAUUGCGUGCCGGAUCUCAAGAAGCUGCGCGGAGUCUUCGGUAUCGACCUGACGACGCUGCUUAAUGCCCACUCCAGUACUCUGCCGUUCGUAGUGAAGAAGUGUGUGAAUGAAAUAGAAACUAGGGGCAUGGAUUCUGAAGGGAUCUAUCGAGUGUCAGGAUUCGCUGAUGAAAUUGAGGCGUUGAAGUUGGCUUUUGAUAGGGACGGCGAGGCGGCCGACCUCAGCGUGUACAGCAACAUCAACGUGGUAGCGGGCACUCUGAAGCUGUACCUGCGCCUGCUGCCCGUCCCGCUCGUCACGUACGAGCUGCAUCCCAAGCUUGUGCAGGCCAUACAGAUGAAGACGCAAGCGCAGCAGAUAACAGCUCUCCGGGAGUGCUUAGACUCGCUACCACCCGCACACUUCAACUGCCUGCAGUACAUGGUCCAACAUUUACACAGGGUAUCCCAACUGGCUGAUGUGAACAAGAUGAGCGCUCACAAUCUAAGCACAGUAUUCGCGCCGACGCUGGUCGCGACCCCGCCCGCCAUUACGGACCUGGCCUUCGAGAUCCGCGCCCUACAAGCCCUUAUAGAGCACUGCCCGCAAAUAUAUUAUGGAAACAAGUGAAAUAGUACCUUAGUGCGUAUGACUUAAGUAUCAUUUCGCGCUCCACCAGCACUCAUAGAGCACUGCUCGCAAAUAUAUUACGGUAACAAAAGAAUUUCGACCUCAAUGAUUUUGUGUUACAGUAUAUUUUUGUUUAAAGUUACAAGCGAAAUUAAUCAGUCUGAAAACACUCUUAAUGCAUUUGAUUAAAGUGUAUUUUAAUAUCAAGAAAUAAGAGAAAUUAGAAAUGCAAACAUUUACUAAUUUUUCCUCGAUCUAAAUCCCGCGGGGUUUACUAUCAUUUUUGUAAUAAACAUUUUAGUAUUAAUUAAUCAUCUAAUAAUUAUCUCUUGUGCUUCAUAAGUUGACUGAUUUUUAUAAUUGUAGUAUUCACAUUAUUUACUCGUAAGUAUUCAAUAAAGUAUUAAUCCUCGCAAAUUACCUAAAUGCAGAUACCUUGUUAUAUAUAGGUCCGAAAAGCAGCAUUAAAAAGCGAAAAUUCAAAGUGAACAAAAUGUCAUCCAUUGCACCAAUUCCAAUUCAUUGUAUUGACCGUGAAUGUUCCGCUCCGUACGUAUUUCCAAUUAUUGUUAGAUGAUAGGGAUU